AUGGAAAAUAACCCUGAUACUAAAACCUUGGGUGAUGAUAAUAAUGGAAAAAUAACAAAAAAAAAAAAUUUAUGUCGACUUAUUGUUGAAGAAGCAACAAAUGAUGAUAACUCAGUAGUUGCAUUAAAUACUAAACGGAUGGAGGAGUUAAAUUUUUUUAGGGGAGAUACAAUUCUAAUUAAAGGGAAAAAAAGGCAUUCAACUAUUUGCAUUAUAUUAAAUGAUAAUGAUUUAGAUGAAGGAAAAAUAAGAAUAAAUAAAGUUGCUAGGAAAAACUUGAGAGUCUGUUUAGGAGACAUUGUCUACGUAAAGGCAUGCCCUGAAAUCCCCUAUGGGAAGAAGAUUCAAGUAUUACCAAUUGAUGAUACAAUCGAGGGUUUGGCAAAAGAUACUUUGUUUGAAAUAUUUUUAAAGCCUUACUUUAAUGAAUCAUAUAGACCCGUAAAAAAAGGAGACUUGUUUUUAGUAAGAGGUGGAUUUAUGUCUGUCGAAUUUAAAGUUGUUGAGGUCGAUCCAGAUGAUUUUUGUAUUGUAUCACCAGAUACUGUAAUAUAUUAUGAGGGUGAUCCCAUUAAAAGAGAUGAUGAAGAAAAAUUAGAUGAGAUAGGAUAUGAUGAUAUUGGUGGUUGUAAAAAACAGCUAGCUCAAAUUCGAGAAAUGAUUGAAUUACCUUUAAGGCAUCCAGGUUUAUUUAAAACUUUAGGAGUUAAACCACCAAGAGGUGUAUUAUUAUAUGGACCUCCAGGUAGUGGUAAAACAUGUAUUGCUAGAGCUGUAGCAAAUGAAACAGGGGCUUUUUUCUUUCUAAUUAAUGGUCCCGAAGUUAUGAGUAAAAUGGCAGGAGAAGCAGAAGCAAAUUUAAGAAGAGCUUUUGAAGAAGCAGAAAAAAAUUCACCUGCAAUUAUUUUCAUUGAUGAAAUUGAUUCUAUUGCUCCAAAAAGAGAAAAAACAAAUGGAGAAGUAGAAAGAAGAGUUGUAUCACAAUUAUUAACAUUAAUGGAUGGUAUCAAAAGUAGAGGACAAGUUGUUGUUAUUGCCGCUACAAAUAGACAAAAUUCUAUCGAUCCUGCUUUAAGAAGAUUUGGAAGAUUCGAUAGAGAAAUUGAUAUAGGUGUCCCAGAUGAUAAUGGUAGAUUUGAAAUAUUACGAAUCCAUACCAAAAAUAUGAAAUUAUCUCCUGAUGUUAAAUUAGAAGAAUUAGCUAGUAAUACACAUGGUUUUGUUGGUGCAGAUUUAGCACAAUUAUGUACAGAAGCUGCAUUAACAUGUAUAAGAGAAAAAAUGGAUGUAAUUGAUUUAGAGGAUGAAAUUAUUGACAAAGAAGUUUUAGAAAGUAUGUGUGUAACUCAAGAUCAUUUUAACAUGGCCUUAGGAACAUGCAACCCAUCAUCACUUAGAGAAACUGUUGUUGAAGUUCCAAAUGUUAAAUGGGAUGAUAUUGGAGGUUUAGAUGAAGUUAAAAAUACAUUAAGAGAAAUGAUUUUAUAUCCUAUUGAUCAUCCAGAUAAAUUUGAAAAAUUUGGUAUGGCUCCAUCUAGAGGUGUAUUAUUUUAUGGACCUCCUGGUUGUGGUAAAACAUUAUUAGCUAAAGCAGUUGCAUCUGAAUGCUCUGCAAAUUUUGUUUCAAUUAAAGGUCCUGAAUUAUUAACUAUGUGGUUUGGUGAGUCUGAAGCUAAUGUUAGAGAAGUUUUUGAUAAAGCUCGAGCUGCAGCACCAUGUGUUUUAUUUUUUGAUGAAUUAGAUUCCAUUGGAACUCAAAGAGGUUCGUCUUUAGGUGAUGGUAGUGGUGCAGGUGAUCGUGUUAUGAAUCAACUAUUAACUGAAAUUGAUGGUGUUGGACCAAAAAAAAAUCUUUUCUUUAUCGGUGCAACUAAUAGACCAGAAUUAUUAGAUGAAGCUCUAUUAAGACCUGGAAGAUUAGAUCAAUUAAUUUAUAUUCCUUUACCCGAUCUAGCUGCACGAAUCUCUAUUUUAAGUGCAAUUCUAAGAAAAUGUCCUGUCGCAGAUAAUGUACCUAUCGACUUUUUAGCUCAAAAAACAGCUGGAUUUAGUGGUGCAGAUCUUGCCGAAUUGUGCCAAAGAGCCGCUAGGGCAGCUAUUAGAGAUGCCAUUGAUGCCGAAGAAAUGAAUAAAAAAUCAAAGCUUGCAUUAAAUCCUGAAGGAAAUACUGAAAACAACCAAACUAAUGAAAAUCAAGCUACAAAUAACGAAGAAUCUGAUAUAAAAUACGAAAUCACCAGACAUCACUUUAAAGAAGGAUUAGCAGGAGCUAGAAGAAGUGUUUCACAAGCGGAUCUAAUUAAGUAUGAUAAUUUUAGGAUAAAAUUUGAUCCAUUAUAUAAGACUAAAUCUGGUGGAGCAAAUGAAGACUUUAUUAUUGAUUGGCCCGAUGAGGAAAAUAAUGACGAUCCACAAGAUUAUAAUGUAGAUGAUGAUUUAUACUCAUAA